CAAUUAUUGUUGCUAGCUUACAGACUACUAAAAAAAACUAAAUAAACUCAUCAUUAAACAUUUUUUUCUACACAAAGUUAUAGCCAUAGGGAGUUAAAAUGUUGAUGGUUGCCAUGUCAAAUGUCCUAUAAAAGUCUCAACUUGAUAUUGCUUCGUCGUGAUGAACAAAUCUCAGGUUACAGUGCAGCUCUUCCGCUUUCUUCCGUUUACUCUCGCUUCUCACUAAACGAAAGUUACAGUUGUGGAUCACGCAGAGGGAGGAUGGACAGGACGCAUCUUCUGAGUGACCAGGAUGAAGUCCACACUGGCCCAUCAUGCCCUGGCCAAUCUUAUGCAGAUCCGAACACCAUGCCAGACGACGGGGCGACGGCUCCUCCUGCAGAUUUAAUGCCUGUUAUUCCUGGAUAUGAAAGUUUUGGGCCUAAUGUCAUCCCACCGUCAGAUUUUGGAUCGGCGCAGCCUCAAGCCCCAUCCAGACCUCCAGAUAGACACUUUGACAUUCCUGCGAUCAGUGAAGAACUUGCACAGGAGGCCUUCACCAAUUAUGUCUCCAGCAAAUGCUGUUACGGCUCGAAACCAGCCAGAGAGAUGGUGUUCACAGACCUGCAGUCCCUCAACACAUAUCGGUACCGACUGGAGACUUUUACAGAGUCUAGAACCACAGAGUGGGACAGUGAACCAUACAAUGGUCAGGUGGUGGAUGGAUUCGGAGUGGCCCCCGCUCCGUGGAGUAUUCCUGUGCCCAUCCCGUCCCUCUUUAAAGACUGCGAGAAAGCCGUCCGCGUUCCUCACACAUCUACUGUUAAAGGUUGCCAUUCAUGCCUGAAUCUUGGAAGAUCUGCAUGCGGAAGAUGCGUAAAUUCUGGCAGGACUCGAUGUGGAGCCUGUAGUGGCACGGGUUGGACUCAGUCCAGUGAACGGCGACACUGUACGAUGUGUCGGGGCUCUGGCAUGAUUAAGUGUCAUUCCUGUGGAGGAGUCGGUUCGAUUACCUGCAAAACAUGCGAAGGGCAAGGAAAGCUCCUCUGCUUCAUCAAACUUAAAAUUACAUGGAAGAACAACAUUCAUGUUGCUGUGAUUGACAAGCGUUCUGGGUUCCCCGUUGAAUAUCUCGAUCAAAUUCCUGGAGAGAAGCUUCUAACUGAUAUGGCUCCAAUGGUCUAUCCAGUGGUGGGUUUCCCGGACAGCUCUGUGAAUGUAGCUUCUGAAAGUGCUGUGAGGGAACACCAGGCUCAGUUCUCCACCACCUGCCAUAUUCUGCAACAGAGGCAGACCAUUGAGCUAAUUCCCAUCACACGAGUGCAUUACACCUGGAAUGAAAAAACAUACAUUUAUUUUGUGUAUGGUACUGAACACAAAGUUUACACCAAGGACUAUCCUGCUAAAUGCUGCUGUUGCUCCAUCCUUUAAACAUGCAGUAUAGGCCACUGUCAGAUGAUAAAAGAGCUGUAAUAUCAUUUUCAUACAUAUUUAAAAUCAUUACAAAGAAACGGUAGGUAAAUUAACAAAAAGACCAUGCUUUGAUAUGAGUUUAUAUCUUAAAUUUGGGACUUUUUUCCUCAAAAAGGAGUUUAUUACUCACAAUUCUUACUUGUCCCCUCAGAAUUGUGAGAAAAAAAGUGUUUUAAAGUCCGAAUUGUAUUCUGAAAAUCGAUUUUUGUAAGAUUACUUGCAAUUCUGAGGGGAAAAAAGACAAUUGUGAGCUAUAACUGUAAACUCGCAAUUGAGAGAACAAAAGUAAUAUUGUGAGAUAAAAAAAAAAAAUCAGUUUCACCGUUUUAUUUUUUGUAUUCCUUGGCAGAAAGAAGCUUCCAUUUAUUAAUCAUUUUUAAUGCACAAUAAUGAAAAUUAUCUGACAUUAUCAGUCAAAAUUAUCUUUAUUUUAUUUGUACCUUUUAUUUUGGUGUAAACUACUUUAUGCUACUCUAUAUUGUUGCCUAUCAUAUCUUUACUUUUGCUAUUUUGAAAAACUUUUUUUGAUAGUUGUUGCACAUAGACCUUUAUGAAAAUGUCCUGUUACAACAUUUUCACAUGUAGUUAUUCAUAUUUUUCUUUGUGGCUUAAUUUUAUGUUAUGCAAUAAUGUAUAUAUGCAAACACAUCGUUUGUAUACACUACAAGCUGAUCCUACUGUCCUAAUGGGAUAAUAUACCAAAAAAGCCAUUUUAAACUGUCUCCAAAAUUUUGUUCCAGAUCCGUACGAUUUAUUUCUUAUGCAAAAAAAUAAAAAUAAAUAAAUGAGAUGUUAGUCAGAAUGGCAGCGUGAGUCUCCAUCCACUUUCAUUGCAUCCUUUUUUUCUGAAGUCUUCCUUAAUGUAGUUUUUAAUAAAAGAUG